AUGGCUCUAUUGUCGAAUCACUGCAGCUAUCAGAACACGCAGUCCGAGAUGCUGACACCCGCAUAUCCGAACCUGGCGAGAAAUUACGACCCCUUGUAUCCGUCACCGUACAACUCCCCGAAUUACGACUCUAGCAGAAUGACAUAUCGAGACAAUUGCGUGCACGAGAGCGAGCUCACGUCGCGAAGAGAUGCCGAGACACUGGAUUACGCCAAGGAUGCGGUGUCCGAAUAUACAAAAACUCCGGAAGGAUACGAGAGAGGACCCUAUGGCGUUCUGACGCCUGUUACACCGCAAAGAUACGAGCCGCCUCAUUCGAUGGAGCAGACAAUGUCGCCGCGAUCGACGUUGUACGAGGAGAGUUCUGUGGAGUAUCAGCCACCAUCCUAUUGCUACGAGACACCUCCUCAGGAGCCGAGAUACCAGCCCCUAGAGAAUAGCAAGCCGAUCCUCACGAUCGUUGAACCGCGCGCCACUUGUUGGGAGCCUGCCAUCUCGACUCAAAAAAUACCAACGACACCGCCGGUGAGUCCGCGAAAGGGUAGACGGAGAUGUCGAGACGUUCCGCCGUCACCGACAGUCCUGAAACGCCGGCGCCUCGCCGCGAAUGCACGCGAGAGGCGUCGUAUGAACGGUCUAAACGACGCCUUCGAUAAAUUGCGCGAGGUCGUACCGAGUCUCGGGACCGAUCACAAACUUAGUAAGUUCGAGACCCUGCAGAUGGCACAAAGCUACAUAGCAGCCUUGUGCGAUCUUUUGCAGAGACACGAUGGAAAGAGAUAG